AUGAACUAUGCAUUUGAAAACUCAUUUAAAUUAAAUUUAACUCUCGCUACAAAGCAAGAACAGGUUGCAAAUGCUAUUAUAAAAUUUCCCUACCUAUUUUCUCACAUUGUAGAAGGAAAGUUGUGUCCCAUCUUAGGUUUUUUUGAGGCCCUUGGGGUUUCCGAAAAGCAACUUGGCAAAAUGGUAUUGGUGAACCCUAGAAUCAUAAGCUACAGUAUAGAACCAAAACUUACUCAGUUUGUCGAUUUCCUCACCAAGUUAGGGCUUAAUGAAGAGGGUAUGAUAGGUAAAAUUUUAGUAAAGAAGCCAUUUUUAAUGGGUUACAAUGUGGAGAAGAGACUGCAGCCUACUGCAGAAUUUCUAAAGAAAAUCGGUUUGUCGAAAACAGAUCUUCAAAAAGUGGCUGUAAACUACCCUGAGGUUUUGUGUCGAGAUGUUAACAAAGUUCUUAAACCAAACUUCGAUUACUUAAGAAUGUAUGGGUUUGGUGACAGGCAGAUAGCAGCUUUAGUAUCUGAUUACCCCCCUGUAUUGAUCAAAAGAAUAAAGAAUUUCUUGGAGCCAAAACUGAAGUUUCUGGUUCAAGUUAUGGGAAAAAGCAUUCAGGAUGUUGUAGAUUAUCUCGACUUUUUCCGACAUGGCCUGAAGAAGAGCUUGGAGUUGCGACAAAAAGUAUUGUCCCAAAGGAAUAUAGAUUGUAGCUUGAAUGAGAUGUUGUACUACAAUCGAAAGAAAUUCUGCUUGAAAUAUGGUACAACCUAGAAGAUCUGUAAGCUUUACAAACAUUUCUUCUUUGUUUUCAGUUUCUCAUAGUGUGUAAGCUUAAUUUCAGCUAUUUGUAGUUGUAGACUACUGUAAUAUGGCAUAC